AUGCCGAAGCAACCUACCUUCGUUACAUUCAGGGGCCACAUCCUUGAAGUGGAUCCCAUCAGGAACACCGAUGAUGACCAUACAGAAGGAUCCAAGAGAUCCGGCGCGGUUGCGGCGCCAGACGCCAUGUUGGCUACGAACGGCCGGACGUAUCAUGGGUACAACCCGGGUUCAUACUAUCUGCCAAACGAUGCUGAGGAACAGGACCGCCUUGAUCUCCAGCACGAGAUGUGCCUACUCCUACUUGAUGCAAAGUUGGGCCUCGCACCCGUGAUCGAGCCAAAGUGUGUUCUCGAUGUCGCCACUGGGACCGGUAUCUGGGCAAUACAAUAUGCGGAGAAACAUCCUGAAAGCAUCGUUAUCGGCUCUGAUCUCAGCUGCAUCCAACCUGCCUCUCCCCCGCCCAAUUGCUCCUUUGUCCAGCACGACGUAGAGCGCGACUCGUGGGCCUCGUUCGGCCGCUUAUUCGACUACAUUCACUUGCGCUUCGUCAUCACUUGCUUCGACGAUACGCACGGCGUUAUACGCCGCUGCUUUGAAAACCUGCGCCCCGGUGGUUACAUCGAGCUGAUGGAUGUCUGCCAUGACACUGUUGACUUUGACGGCUCCGCUCGCGGCUCGAGUUUCGAGCGCUGGCACAGGGAGACUCAAGACGCGUGGAGCAACAGGGGUCGAGACUUUAACAGGUCGAAGCAGUACCCGGGUUGGUGCCGAGACGUGGGCUUCGUUGACGUGACGGAGGAGCUACUUCCUGUCCCGCUCGGGUCUUGGCCCAAGGAUCCACGAUUCAAGACCAUCGGGAGGCAGUGGAUGCUCUCCGUGACGCGCGUGCUCGGUGCACUUGGCACAUCCUUCCUGUCAGAGGGUUCGGUGCCCGACGAAUUCGAAAAGCUCGAGGAGGCAGCGAUGCGCGACUGUCAUGAUCCGAAUAUUCACUUGGGCUUUGUGAUGUGA